AUGUUACCUGCAAGUCAAUCAUCAUUUUCGUCUAAAGUCAUGGAUGAAUUUCGUAUAACUGAAGAAAUUUAUUCUCAAAUUAAAGAUUUUCAACACCAUUAUUUAACUAAAGAACAACAAUUAUUAAUUGAUAAAUGUUAUGGAGUAACCCAGAAUCCUAGUACAAAAGAUUAUGUAAUGAUAAUGGAUUAUGCUAGAAAGGGUAGCCUUCGAAACUUUUUAAAUGAGAAUUAUUAUGAUAUGAAAUGGGAACAUAAGAUACUUUAUCUGAAUCGAAUAAUUGAUGGCUUGGUUGAGAUUCAUGAACAAGGAAUAGUUCAUCAGGAUUUUCAUUCAGGAAAUAUAUUAGUCAAAGAUGAACAUAAUUUUUGUAUUGGUGAUUUAGGAUUAUGUAAAAAACUUGAAGAACAAUCAACUAAAAAAGAUAAAAUAAAUGUAUUUGGGGUGUUACCUUAUAUCGCCCCCGAAGUAUUAAAUGGACAAAAAUAUACUAGAGCAUCUGAUAUUUAUUCUUAUGUACCUCAAUUGAUCUUGGAUGUAAUUGAACAAUGUUGGAAUGGAGAUCCUUUGAAACGUCCAAGUACGAGUGAAGUAGAAAAAAUAUUUCAAUCUUUUUAUGUUAAUUAUGAACCUAAUUCAGAAAUUUAUAAGCAAUAUUCUUUGCGAAUUGACUUUAUAAAAUCCAAAGCAUCUGAAAAUGCUAAUAAUAGUUUUGAAACAGGAAUUUCAGAAUCUAUGCAGUUCGAUAUUAUCAAAUCCGAGGAAUUAGAUAAUCUUGAUAUUUAUGAAGCAGGAAUUUCAG